AUGGAAAUGAUACCGAUGAUGCUCCGGACUAGCUUAAGGAAGUUCAAGUGCCCCUGGCCGCACUGUGGCAAGUCCUUCAAUCGCAAGUCCGACCUCUGCCGACAUCAUCGCAUCCAUACCAACGAGCGACCGUACCACUGCACCGUCAAGGGCUGCAACAAGAGCUUCGUCCAGCGCAGCGCGCUGACCGUCCACUUCCGCACGCACACGGGCGAACGUCCCCACGUCUGUAACUUCGCCGGUUGCGAGAAGGCCUUCUCAGACUCAUCGAGUCUAGCCCGCCACCGGCGAACCCAUACAGGCACGAAACUGUACAAGUGUCCCGAGAGAACGUGUCACAAGAGCUUCUCCCGCAGAGAGACACUAGCGAACCAUCAACACCGCCAUCAUCCUGCGAUCAGGGAGCUGACGCAAACGCAUCCUGAAGACGCAUCUUUUACGGAAUCUCCGUACCAGAGUACACUGCCACUGUCGACGAGCGGGGAUUUCUUCCCCGGCGCGGACUACACGUUCUACCUGCAGCACAACCUCCCCAUGAGCUACGCCCCGAUCCAGCCGAGUAUCCCGCUUCCGUCCGCCGUCCCCGUCAUGGCAAUGCAUCAGAUGCAGUACUCGCUAUCCGACGAGCAUCCUCUACAGCAGUUUCAUGGCCAGGGGCUCGUAGGGUUUGGAACGCAGGCUUCGUUUCGAUCACCGAUCACCGCGUAUCAGGGUCUGGACAGGGGUUCGAGCGGUGGUUAUCAGUUCUGUGGGUGA